AUGUCUGGCGGCUCGCAGCACAAUCCAAACGGGAGGCAAUCACAACUCGGUCCCGCUUGGAGCCCUUUACAGUUACAGGUGGCGAACUUGUUAGCUCGGGCUCCGCAAGCUCACAUGGCUUCAGAGCGAGGCGUCACUUGGCACACGCCGACGCCUCCGCCUCAUCUCUACCAUGUGCCAGCGCCUUCUCCACCGGAUCCUCUGCAAGUGUUGCAAUUGCAGGCGAUGAAGGCAGCCAGUGGCAAUUCGGUUUUCCGGCACACGGCCACACCGCCGGAACUCUACAGACACACGCCCACACCGCCAGACAAACACUUGAUGAGACAUACUCCAUCACCAGGCGAUGUUAAAGCGGGGUCAGCAGAUUUAUAUCCACAUUUGGGACCUGGAAGAGUUUCAGAUAAGCUAGUCCGCGCUGAAGAACUGCUGGCGUACGCGCGGGGCGGAGUCGAUCUCACAGUGGGGUCGCGUGGGGCUAAUGGUUCCCCUGCCCCACCCCACACUGGACCCGCGCUCUCCGUCCGGGACGCGCCGACCAUCAAUAGUCUUAUAGCACGUGCAAGGCCCGCACAUGCGAGGGUAGAUGCCCUGUUAGAGCGCCUCUCAGCUGCUCCAGCCCCUGCAUCGCCACAUUCGGUCAUAGUUCACUCGAGAGCGGCACCCACGCCUUCGCCCCCGUCCUCCAAUGAGGACUCGGCGGACUCGUGCGGUGCCCCACCUGGAUCAAAGCGAAAACGGAAACCAGAGCGUACGAUACGCGUCCCCAUCCCACCUCCGCCGUCAGAUGUGCCUCGCCCUCCGCACACACCGACACCCCCUCGCGUUACCCCCACUCAACCACUAGAAAACGGGGACGCGCUUGCACAUAAUGGCCCAGUGAAAACGGAUAAGAUUGAAAAACCAGACAAACCCGCCUCGCCCCAACCGCAACCUGAACCGCACGCUCGAAGAAAAACCCGCGCUGACUCCGCGGAAACCAUCGAUGAUAUUGCGGCCAUGAUAGCCAACACAGAACAUCGGGAUAUACCCACUGAACCCCCACCGCUCCCCGAAAACGAGACCCCCGUAACCAUAGACAAACUAAAGAGCGUGCUGGCAAGCCCUGAACCCGAGAAAUCGCCCCCAUACGAGAAACCCCCGGAUAAAACUCCCCCUAAAUCGCCGAAAGAAAAAUCACCUCCAAAAAAGGAGGAGUUAGAGCCGCCCCCCAGUGCCGCAGCGCCGAGACGUAGAAGCGCAAGGACAAAUUCCGAAUCGACCAACGUGCCAGUGAAGUCUCCUUCAGAAGCGAAACCAGCAGAGCCGGAAGCCAGCGAGACGAAGACGGCUGAACCCACUUCAGCAUCAUUCGUCGAAGUGGAGAAUCAAUUAGAGAAAAUGUUUGCUGGUAUCGAAGAACCGCCCGCAGAGUCUAAAGCUGAGGAGAAAGCCACAAAAGCUAGGAAGCGGCGGAAAUCGGCACCGACUAAGGGGGAGAAGAAAGCGUCCAAACGUGCUAGCAGGAGAUCCACUGGGGACGAAGCGCCGAGGAGGAAGGCAGCGCGAAAUAAGGGCAACAAGAAAGAGGUUCUCAAGGACGCGUAUGAUUCGGGUAGCAAUGCCAGCUCUAGUCGGUCGAGGGGACCCUACAUACAGAUUGUGGGACCCCGCGACUCGCCUGUAUCUGUGUCAGUAGUGAACGCGACAGCAACGGAAGACGAGCGACGAACAGCCGACGAAUGGCGCAACGGGCUUAAGGCGCGAGGCCUCCACGCCAGCACGUUAGGGCUCCGCUAUGAUGCAUCCACACCUGACGCGUCUUGGCUGUGCGCGUUCUGCGACCGGGGCCCUCACUAUGCCGGCUUAGGAGAUCUCUUCGGCCCCUAUACUGUUGACACAAAUUGUGAUGAAUUUAGUUCGUUAGACGAAGCGUCGCAGCGUCGUUUCCCAAGCGUCGAGGCUGGCGCCGAGGUCUGGUUCCACGAGGCGUGUGCGGUGUGGGCCCCGGGGCUCGUUGCUGUUGGGGCCCGACUGUGGGGACUCGCACCAGCCGUCUGGGGCUCCCGGGCUUCCAAGUGUGCGCACUGUUCUACGUCGGGGGCCCCUAUAGCGUGCGCGACCAGGACUUGUCGCGCCCGGGCCCACUUGCCCUGCGCGCGUUCUAACAAGUGGCAGCUGGACGAUGAAAACUUUAAAGCGAUCUGUCCUCAACAUGCUUAG